CCCGACCGAGCCGAAGGGGAUGGAGGCGAUCGAGUUUGCGGGUUACAGGGGGUGGUUUUCUUUCGGGCGCCUGCGUCGAGUCCUCGAUGACGACUCGACUAGGUAGGUGCUCGACCCGGACGCAGUACGGAGGAAACGUUGUGCACGCAGAGUGCUGUUGUCCUCGUGGCAUCGUCUCUCUCGCAGUUCCUUUUCGCCAAUUCAUGACAACAAUACGCUACGAGAGAGAUCUCCCGCCGAACCGGUCCGUUGAUUGUCGAUGAGUAAUCGGCGAGCCUGCUGCUGGUGAAAUCACCGCGCAGAAUAUUACGCGUUUUCUUUAACUGUUGUUCAAGUGUUCGUGAAUUACGAGGCUUUUGGGGCGUUCAUGAGAGAAACAUUACGGUGUAAAUGUGUGCAAGUCCCGAACAGUUUAGGACACCUCGAGCUACGAAGCACACCUCGGUUACGGACAAUAUGCAAACUUGUCGGUUUCGGAAGAUAAACCGCGUGUCAAUGCGAGUCAACGUGUCGCGGUGAAACAUGUUCAGGGAGAAAUUUUCCUUCCUCCCGUAUCGUGUCUCGUGCGUGAUGCUUCGUUGUCGUAUUGCACCUUAGUACAGCGACGACAACAACGACAACGGCAGUAAGAACAACAACAACAACAACAACAACAACAACAGGUCCGACGAUCAAAGGAUGCACGUCCAGCCGACGAAAGGUUAAUUGUCGAAGACGAUACAGCCGAGUUCUUAUCACCGUAAAGGCGAGAGCUUAGUCGGAUUUAAUCGUCGCUUGCAUGUGGGUCACAAGUUGCAUUCGCCAUCAGCUAACGGGAUAGAGGGUUUACCGAGUAGAGAGGUAAGCCUGUUAAAUUGCGUUACCCUCGGCCGCCUUGCAUAUUCCCAUCACCCCACAAUUAAUACGGUCCGUCGCCAAUGCUUUUUCGGCGUGGUUCUUCGAAAUUCAAUGUGGGUCGAAGCAGCCGAAAAUUUAUUGGUUCCACUUCAAUCCGAUACAACCUCGCCGCGACAUCGCCGCGUAACCGUGCACGUUCACCAAAUAUCAACCCGAUGCUCGUGUCACGAUCGAAGAACGAAGUAAAGUUCUUUGACGAACAACGACCCGGAUAGCCAAUGAUGGGAGAAGAAGACGUUCAAGAUACAUAUUUAGGAGGCGCGUCGCGUCGGCUAUGUAAAGUCACGUGGUGGCUGCAGUUUACGGUGUCCUUAACCUCCCGGAAAAUCAAUGUUCUUCGCUUCAACAACCUUGCACACUGCACGUUCUUUAUUAUCCGACGAGCGAAAUUUAUACAGCCGUGUAUUCUAUUAUAAAUCGCAGCCGUCCGCCUCUUUCCGCUGCACCCGAUUUCUGUCACGAUCGCGUCCGCGGCGUGGAGGUUGCCGCGUAAAGAUUGAUCGAUGGCAAUCGCGGACCUCUGUAAAUGCUGUUACCGCUUUAAUUUCAUUUAUAGAAACCCAACUCGGCCUAAUACCCUGCUCAGGGGCACCGAUACCACGAACAUUAACAAACAAGGAUUAUCGCUCCGCAUCGCUUUUCAUCCAUGAUUUUCUUUUAAGGUUUCGUUCCACCUAGCGGUGCUAACUCGGCACGCGCGUGCCACGAACAACGCUGAGAACCGCGAAACGAUCUUCCACCUGUCACCGGAGGCUCGUCGCGCGAGAAAAUCGGGUCAGAAAAGAAAUCCACCGGUUCGGAGAAAUUAUCCGCCAACCGUAAUUCGGAUAACGUCGCGUGUGCAUCGCUCGCACGUUUCGCGCGAACCUCAGCCCUAGAUAAGAAUAUAGACAAACGCGCGGCUCUAUAAAUCUCACGAGUGACACUAUUUCGAUAAAUCAAUGGAAACGAUAGAUUUGUCGUCGUAACGAUUCGCGACGCGAACGUUUCCUUGAAGUUUAACGAGCGAACGCCGGCGUGGAACUCCUCGGGACACACGUGUAGCUUCCAUUUCCGUAACGGUGUUUAAUAUUGCACGCGGCGGGCGAUCAUUUUCCCGGCGUUCUUUUUCGUUUUUUCGUUCUUUCGGCACACGAAGAACGCGGAAAAAGCCACGGAGAAAAGGUAAAAGACUGCGCGACGAGGUGUACAGUGAAAAGUGGUUCUUUACAUGCGCAUCCACUGUAAUGAGAGUCGGCCUUGAUCCCCGACGUGAGAAUGCGUUAAUGAUCUUUGCACGGAAGUCCGCGUAAAAGGUAUCUCGCUGGUACGUCGCUAAAAAUAUCCGACAUUUGAAAAUAUUAUCAGGCCCGUUCACGUUGCCCUAUAGAAAUUUACACGACCGCCGACUCGACGAGCGACUCCGAACUCGUUUCCUCGAUCGAGGAAGGAGAAGAGAGUCCGAGUUCAGUCGGGACAAGGCGAUUCCACCGAUUCGAGGUGAAAAAUCGAAAGUGAUCUUUGAAAACCGUUGGCGUUUAAGUAAUCGAAAGUCAUCGACUCUGAAACGGGAUGGGCAAUGUGCCGGAAACGCGUCGAGCAUCCCCGCGGUAGGGAGAUCCUCGGACAAAUGGUAAAACGCCGGCGAAAGGAACAUCUAGCAACAUCAUAGAGGAAUCAAGAGAAGCGCGGGUGUCGUCGCGAGCGGUAGAGGAAAUUGUCUGACUGCAUUCCCUUUUCGGAAUCCGGUAGCGGCAACGCAUCCCCUCGUGACUCGAGUUAAGCUGAGAGAGGGGGACAGGAAGAGAGAACCCCUCCUAGGAUUUCUCCCUUCGCCUUUACAACCGGAAAGGGAGCCGAACGAUGGAAAUCCAGUCGAAUCUUUACGGUCGCGCGUUCGCGGGGUAUCGAACGUGGAAAAAAAUGAAAUUGCCGUCGUCGGUCGAUAAACCAUGCUGGCUUCGUCAGAGGCUCGAAGAAGAAAGCGCUUCCCCGCUGUGUACUCGAAACCCGGCAGACGAUGGUAUAUUGCUUCGGUAAAACAAUACUCGAGGAAAGAAGAGAGAGAGAGAGAGAGAGAGAGAUUGAGGGAGAGAUAGAGGUUUGGAAAACCUACACGAGGAAAAUUCAUCGAGACUCCCCAUUCUCCGGACAUCCCUUCUCGCCCUGAUAUAAGUAGCACUUGUCUGCCUUGCUUCGGACAGUUCGAAUCAUAUGGCGAACUACUGUGUCGGUUCAUGCAUCACGGCGUUAAAGACGUCUAAGUAUGUAAAUACACAUCGCACGGUGUCGUUUUAAUCUGCGAAUCCAAUCGAUUCGACGCGCGUUAGUAACUGUACCGUUCCAACAGAGACGAAUAAACUUUCACUUUCGAUAAACGCGAGCUCAAACACGAAAGUAACACCGAAACACGGUUUCAUUAGAAGAAGUCGCGUACAAAAGGCAGUACGAACGCGCGUGAGAAAAAAUACAUCGCUGAACUAGUGAAACAGAAAUGAGCGACGUUCUUCUUACGCUCGACAUCCGUCUACUGAUUCCACGACGGGAAAUAAAAGGCUUGCAAAUGUACGAGGAGCGCUGGCACCUGGCACGAGAAUUACUUACGCCGUUGUCAUUUCUAUUAAGAGUCAAGCUGGCGAGAAUGUAACGCUGAUGGGACGGGAGAGAGAUUAAAAAUCUCAGUUCUCGGAUAUUUCUAGCGCGGGAUGUGUUUAUCGAGCGUGCGAGGGAUUCAUCGAACCGUGCUACGGUAUCGUAUUCUCUAAUAGGUUUUGGGUUAGGUUAGUGGACGACCUAAAAACAUUUCUGCGGGAAGCCCCGUCGCGUUUUCAUAACUUUGAAUUAAUUAUCGAAUGAGAAAUAUUUAAAUCUCGGCGGAACCCGUUCAUUAAAAUUAACGAACGAUAGAGAAACCUACACCGGGGCGUUCUCUUUUUCCCUAGCAACCUGACGAGAAGGUGGGUCCAUUAUUUUUCCCUGCGUUCCCUGAUUUCCCUUUUACGCGUUUCUUCGCCACCGCCGUACAAAACCACGCGCACACCGUUCCGCCGACGUGAAUCUCAUUUGUAGCGCCGCAUCUACCGGCGGACCUAUUGCCAUGCCAGCCGUAUUUGCGUACGCCUGUUUGGGGUGCGUGAGGGUGCAUUCGUUUACCCGAAACUCGAUUUCGAAGCUCUGGUAAUUGAAUUUCAAGUAGGCUGACAUGGGUGGCCGCUAAUAUGUUUAAAGACAACGUGGGAGACCUUCGGAGAUAAGAUAAUUUCGAAAUGCCGUUUUCUGGCUUUCCGCCUCUAGUUUAUUGCAACGAACGGGACAGAAAGAUUAGAUUGCGCAUCGAAUUCCCUCCCAUUCGCUUCGGCGCUUCACCUUCUUGUCGUGAGUUAUGACACCGGCGCGCGUUCAACGAUACUUACCAUCUGUCCCAUUCCGCGAAGAAUCCUUUACAAUUAUCAAUCGAUUCCAGGACCUCCUACCGCAGGAAAAAAUGUGGAGCUCGGUUACCGCGGCUGGCACAGAAAAUGGACCUGCACCACCUUCCAGAAGCAAGCAUAGCGCCACUUUGCUCGCCGGGCACGUAUAUCUACUCGGAGGACGAAAUGGCAAUCUUCCCCUCAAAGAUCUUUGGCGAUACAGUCUUGCCGAGAGCAAAUGGGAAGAAUUGCAUCCUGCGGGAGAGAGACCGCCGGCACUUCAGGAGCACAGCGCGGUCGCGUACAAGGACUGCCUCUACGUUUUCGGGGGUGAGCUCGGCUUUUCCGCGGGCACGGAAACGCCAUUGUGGGUUUACAAUGUCAAGACAAAUAUGUGGAGGAAGGUGAGGGCGCAGAGAGGAUGCGCAGUUCCUAGGGGUCGAAGAGGCCACACGGCUCUAGUUCAUCGCGGGCAAAUGCUCAUCUACGGAGGUUACCAAGAUCUCCGAGGAAGUUCCCCAGAACUCUGGGCGUUCCACUUCGAAACGGAAUCGUGGCACCUACUUUCGUCCGGCGAAGGCGGACCAGCAGCGAGACACAAGCAUUCUGCUGUUUUACACGGAGACGUGAUGUACGUUUACGGAGGUAUGACCGAUCUUCAAGAAAGAAGCGACUGUUGGAGAUGGGACGUCAACACCGCUUCUUGGUUUCUAUUGAAAAAUAAACCGGGGCCAGGCCCUCUUCACGGCCACGCUGCAUGCAGACUUCCCAGCUGUAUGCUAAUAUUCGGCGGAGAAAGCGGCGGUCUAGCUACGAACGAACUUUGGAGGUUUCAUUUCGGCACGGAAACGUGGGAGAAAUUAUCGGUGCAGGGUCCCAAGCCUCAACCAAGAGCGGAGAGCGUUGCUUUGGCGGUGUCGGAGCUGCUGAUACGAGGGACCAACAUCGACAAUCCGAAACUCAAGCUGCGCAAUCAGAGGACGAGGCUUUACAACAGUAGAAUAUCACCGAACGAAGCACCGGCUAGACCCAGUUUUCUGAAAGAGAUCUCGAAACUGUCGCAGAUCAACUUAUCGCGGUUAAGUCACCCGACAAAAUGCAGUUACUCCGUGUUAAGCGGUCAAGACGAUAACGAGGAGAGUCCACAGGAGGCGAACUCGUAUUAUCCAUUUCAGCAAGUAGACGCCGAAGUGGUCGAACCGUCCACGGGAAUGGUGAAGUCUCGAAGUGCGAACACGUUGGCGCGCCGAAGACAGAAGCAACCGGAACCCGCGUCGAAGACCACCGACACUAACCACAUCGGCAAUAAUAACAUCGCUACUAGUUCUGGAAUGACCAGGGACCCUAUUUCGGUGCCGAAUUUCCGAGCACUCACCCUACCCACUCCAGUCCUGACACCUGUAGAAGCAGCCAGGCUGGUUUUCAUUGAUCCAGAUGAGAACAGCGACAACGAAGAACGCAAGGAACCCCCUACCUCCAGACUGAUAGAAGUUCAAGAAGAAAGACGAGACUUCGCAGCCGUGCAUCAAGCUUGCCAGCCGACACGCGGCGACAGCUACAGUUCGCAUCUCUACGAGGCAGCCCUUCAAACUCCGAAAACUCCGACCACCUCGAAAAUACCUACGUCCGCGUCCGUUCGGUUCGCCGAUUUAGAGGAAGGCGAAGAAUCGACGUCGGAUUAUGCGAGCAUAGAAGCCAGAAGUCCUGGCGACCCUCUUGCCGAUGACGAUUGGCCAUCGGGCAGGAAAUGCAAACAAUACCGCCCAAUAGUGACUACGUCGACGAUACGCGAAGGCCAAUUCGGUUUUUGUAAUCCGAAUUAUCUUGGACUGGACGAGAGCAGAGGCCAGCAUCAGCAACAGCAACAAUCGCAAGAUGGGAAAUACGCGAAAUUGUUGAAUAGCCCACCGGAUAGUGUUUUAGAAGACGAGGCGGGAAGAUCCUCCUCGCAGACAUUCGCGGAAUUAUUAGAGCUUCAAGAAUUAAAAAGGGUGCCGAGAGCACCACCGAAAAGUCUGCCGUUGGGAUCUCCCUCUAGAAGAGCAGUCAGUGCUUCCAGGGCGGAAAGACAACGGGCAAAAGUUGCCGCGGCGGACAUUAAUGAUACGGAAACGCCAUCUUAUGGACCAGCGCCGCUCUAUGUGUUUUUAGUUGGAGGGAAGGAGAAAGGUCAGGUUACGGUAUUUGCUCGGCCUGUUUCUUUAUGGAAGUUACAAUUAGCGCCGCACAUCUUCUAAGAUCGUAAAUUAUUCUUCAGUUGUAAUUCCUCUUUUGUUGUUCCUCUUCACAUUCAUGUAACAAAGGAUAGGUAUUCUUUGUUCAUAACUGACGAACACAGUUUUCUAGUGCCAACCGUUACUUUAACGUUUCUAGUUAGAGGUCACUUUAUAGGGUUUUUCGUUGUUCGUUUAAUCGCAUUUCAUGUUAAAGACUGAAUCUGUGUAUUGUUUGUGAUAGACCUUCUUUAAACUAUUAUCGAUCCUGCCAGUCUUAGAAUUAGAAAUGUCACUAGAUAUUAUUUCAAUUAACCUUUCGUUUCUAUGUACAUUCAAUGGCGUCUCGAUAGCAUAUCGUCGAUCAAAUAUAUAAUCUUUGACAGAAAACAUACCAAAAUGCAUGGUUAACUAUACAUAUAUCGAACAUUUAUGAGGAUCCGAAUUCGAAAUUGAUUUAAGUCACUUGCUUCGUCGUCUACUUUGUUACUUGAACAUUAAUCAAUGUAAGUUUAAGUACUAUAAAUCUGAAUCGUACGUUCAGAUGUAGGAUAGGUUCGGAAAUAAAUACAUGCGGAUUCAGAGUUCAUAUUGAACCAAUUACUCCAAGCGCAAAUCAAUCGAGUGGAACGAAGAGUUCAUCGUCUCUAAAUGCGUCCUAUAAAUUUCAAUCAGUGAUGUACGUAUACUUGCCGUGUUUCUAAUAAAUGAAGAUACAUCCGAGUUCUUUAAGAAUUUCGGUCGUUAGAUCCGUACGACACGAGAACCGAAGGUAGGUAAUAUCAUUUAAAUGGACACGUACCAAUCAUUAAUGAACUCGUCUGAUUUGCGCUUUACUGCCAUCAACAGCAAACUCAGUACGAAUAGCAAAUAUGGUAGAGUAUCCGAAAGCUUGGAAUAACGUUUAAAACAUCUUGAAUACUGAUAUGAAGAUCGGUGUGUGAUUGUGUCGAAUGUGUAUGAUUAAAGUAUGGUUCAAUUCUGCGGAAAUUUAAAUUUUUAUAAAAUGACGACUCUUAAUGGAAUUUCAAUAAUAAUCGCGGACAAUUUCAAGUAGAAUCUACGGAAACUAUCCAACGGGGACUGCGUCGUUGUUUGUCUUUAUUUUCGAGAGGGAAAACGUGUCUGUUACGCGAAGCAUACAAUCGUUGUCGUGUUCGAAAAUAUAGUGGUUAAAAUUGGCCGAAUUUUUACGUCCAUGUUACAAAAUUAUAAAUCAAUGAAGCCUCCAUCGUGACUAAAUCCGUGAACAUAGUUAUUAGUUUCGAUAGGUAUAUAUCAUGAGAGGAAGAAAUGGUGAAGUACGAUGGGGAUUUCUUGUCUGUGUAGAAUUUUUAUGCCCACAAAGGCCCAAUACAUGUAAUCCAUCCACAAGUAGCAAUGGUGAAUGUGGUACUUCGUAGGUUGAAUAUUAGAAAAUACUUUGCAAUCGCGUUUAAUACAUCUAAAAGAAUACUUUUCGUUUCGAGGAAGAUUAAUGGCGGAGCUUCUUGAAAUACGUAAUGAAAUUGUAAAGAUAUAUUUGUUAUAUGGGUACGUGCAAUACGCAAGAUAAUAUAGGCGUUCUCUGUUAUCUCGAAUACUUCAUUGAAUACAAAGAUUUCUUAAUAUUCAGCCGAAUGCCGUAAACAUUCGAAAAAUCAAUGUUUUCCAUUCGUAGCAGUAGAUAAUUCAACAUCUCCGUGUACAAAGGCUAAGGUGAAUGUUUCUUGGUAUUCCAUGCUGUUCUAGAACCCUUUAGCUUUCUAUUCGUUCAUUUUCAAAUAUUAGUAAGUAUGUAAAAAUACUAUACAGGAUUUUCGUUUACGUUCUACAUGCAAUAGCUUCAACUGCAAUCUCGACCAUUUUAACGUAACUAGACUUUUCUUGAUUAAUCACGUUAUAACAGACUUUAUAAUGCCGAUAUAUCACCUUCGAGUUAACAUUAAUUUUAUACGUUGUACUUCUUACAUUUUGAAUCGAGCUUUUUUUUUAAUAAUAUCACGAGACAGUGCGUGAUUUCGUUUGUUAAGCGAACUUUUACGAAUUAGAAUGCAAGUGAAAGUAAAGUGAAACAA